AUGAAGGACGUUGGUAACGGAUCAUUUGUAUGCCCAAAUGAUCGACAAUUACAACUUCGAGCAAAACUUAAUUCUGGAUGGUCAUUUCAUACAGGUCGUCCAGCAACACGUAGUGCUAGUGCAGCACCUUCAAGUCGUUUUGGUAGUGCGGCUGCUGCAGCAACAAAUGCGGCAACAAAUGGCAAUCAAUCAUUACGUGAUGAAGAAAUGGAAAGAAUUAAAAAAGUACUUGAACGAGCUCAACGUAUUGAACUCAUUGAACAAGAACGAGUCGGAAAACUUUUUGAUCGUCUCGAUAAUAUGAAAAAACAUGCUACUGGGAAUGGUUCAUCUCAAUGUGUUUUAUGUGCAGAUGGUUUUGGCAUGUUAGGUGUAUCAUCUGUAUCUUGUAUUGAUUGUCAUAAAUCUGUGUGCAAUAAAUGUUCUAUUGAAACUGUUUAUAAUCAACAAGUCAUAUCAUUAUGUAAAAUAUGUAGUGAAAAUCGUGAGUUAUGGAAAAAAUCAGGUGCUUGGUUUUUUCGUGCCUUGCCUUCGCGUUCAACUUUACCUUCGAAUGUAAAACCGUCCGCAUCAGCUUUAUCAUCAGUUACUACAAAAAGUGACAGUAUAUCAAUUGAUGAUGAUUCAAGUUCAGAUGAUCGACAAAGUAGUUGUAGUCGAUUUAAUCGAUUGCCCUCUCCAAAUACAGCACCAUUAAGUAAUCAUUAUACAACUGUAAAUCCAUCUCAACAAAAUUAUGAUAAUACAAGUUUGAUAGUUGAAAAAGAUCGUGAUGAAAGUAUCGAAUCAUUUAAAACAGAUGACCGAAGUUUAAAAGAUGUUCCUAUUGACGAAUAUAUUCCAAAAUCUCAUAUACGUUCUACAUCUCAACCACCAACGUCACCAACAGUAUCAUCAUUAUCAUAUCCAUCAUCAAUUCCAUUAAUUACAUCUACUACAACAGUAACAACAUCAUCAUCAUCACCAACAAGUAUGCGUCCUUUAUCAUCUAUUAUUAUUAAUUCCUCAUCAAUAGCUGAUGAUUGUGGAUUGGGUUUACUUGAUUUUGAUAUUAUUUGGAGAGAAGCAUUUAAUAUUUUAACAAUAACAUUAAUACGAGCACGAAGUUUACGUUCAGCUGAUUCAAAUGGACUUUCAGAUCCUUAUGUUAAAUUACAUCUUGUACCUGGUGUUGCUAAAGCAACGAAAUUACGUAGUCAUACUAUUCGUCGAACAUUAAAUCCAGAUUUUGAUGAAACUCUUGUUUAUCAUGGAAUAUCAUUGGAUGAUAUAAAAACAAAAUCGCUCAAAUUUACUGUUCUUGAUGAAGAUUCACUCGGUGCAGAUUUUCUUGGUGAAUAUCGUUUAAAACUAUCAACAAUUAAACCCGAUGUUAAAGAAGCUUUUUCUAUUUAUUUACAAAAUAAAACUGAUUUUUGUACUGAUGAAGAUAAAAAUGAACGUGGAAAAAUUCUUCUUAGUCUUUUUUAUUCCAAAUUAACAUGUAAUUUUCAUGUAAAAAUUGUUCGUGGUAGUCAAUUAUUACCUAUGGAUUUUGGUCAAACAUCAGAUCCAUAUUGUAAAUUAUUCUUAUAUCCAUCAACUGAUACAAAUUCAAAAUCAAAUUUUAAAACAACAGUUAAAAAACAUACAUUACAACCUGAAUAUAAUGAAGAAUUUAUUUUUUCACAUAUACCAUUUGCAGAAUUAAUUAGUAAAACAUUACAAAUCACUGUUUAUGAUAAAGAUGUAGGAAAACGAGAUGAUUAUAUCGGUGGUUUUGAAUUAGGACAAUCAGCAUCUGGUGAUGAAUUAAAACAUUGGUUAUUAAUGAUAAAAUCACCUGAACAAUGGAUUGAUAUGUGGCAUAAAUUAAAACCAGAGGAAUAUCGUUCAUCAUCAUUACGACAACAAGAUUCUCAGACAUCUCGAUAG